GGAAGCGGAGGACUGCGCUUCCAACUCUCUUCUGGCCGCUUCUCCGCCCCGCGUCAUGGGGGUGACCUGUGUAUCCCAGAUGCCUGUGGCUGAGGGUAAGAGUGUCCAGCAGACCGUGGAGCUCCUUACUCGGAAAUUGGAGCUACUUGGGGCAGAGAAGCAAGGGACAUUUUGUGUUGACUGUGAGACCUAUCACACAGCAGCUUCUACUCUUGGCAGCCAAGGUCAGGCCGGCAAGCUGAUGUAUGUGAUGCACAACUCUGAGUACCCGCUGAGCUGCUUUGCUCUCUUUGAGAACGGGCCUUGCCUCGUUGCUGACACCAACUUUGAUGUGCUCAUGGUGAAGCUCAAAGGCUUUUUCCAGAGUGCUAAGGCCAGCAAGAUUGAGACCCGGGGCACCCGCUACCAGUACUGUGAUUUUCUCGUGAAGGUUGGCACCGUCACCAUGGGACCCAGUGCCCGAGGCAUCUCCGUGGAGGUGGACUAUACCCCUUGUGUGGUAGCUGGUGACUGCUGGAACCUGCUGCUCGAGUUCCUGCAGAGCUUUCUAGGCAGCCAUACUCCAGGGGCUCCUGCAGUAUUUGGGAACAGACAUGAUGCUGUCUACAGCCCAGCAGACACCAUGGUCCAGUACAUGGAACUUUUCAACAAGAUUCGCAAGCAGCAGCAAGUGCCAGUGGCCGGGCUUCGCUAAUGGCUGACCUCUGUCUUCCUGGACUCCACAGGAGAAGCCAGCACUAUUCCCUCAGGCCCAUGGACCCCAGAGACCCAGGAAUAGACUUGGAGGAUUGUCUCCCUUUCUUGUGCCUGGCUUUGACUUUUGCUUGGGGACUCUGGAUUUCCAUUUCUUGACCUUCACCCAUAGGCCCCCCAACACUGGUUUGCCCCAUGUCUUGCUGGACUUGAUCUGUCCUCAGGAACCAUAAUUGUGAAGAAUGGAGAAAUGUGGAACUCUCCUGCUUUAGGGUAAAAGGUAGGAUGGGAAGGCCACUGCUAAGUGUUGGUGGGACAUCAGAGUGGUGGUGUGGCCUGACCCCAAAGCAGAGGACAGCUGCCCUCAGUGAGGGCGCGGGGAUGGAAUAAAGACGCUUCGUUAAA